AUGGAUGAAACAAAACUACCAAAAUUAUUUAAUCAAUCAACAUUUUCAUAUCGUAUACUUGGUGGUGCAACUGUACUUCGUCCUAAUUAUAAUGGAAAUCGUGUAAUAGCAGCAGGACAACAAAAUUUUCAAUUACUUGCUAUUAAAGAAGUUGAUGGAACUGAACAAUUCGUUAAAGAACAUGACUUUCGUAAUGGAUUUAGAUCGUCGAAUACAGCAUUACAACCAACAGAUAUUGCAUGGAAUCCACAUGAUGAGACUUGUUUUGCAUCAGCAAGUACAGCUGGUCUUUUAAAUAUUUGGGAUAUCCAACAACCUAUACUGAAUGCUCAAGUUAAAAUUCAUAAUGCAACUAUAAAUCGUAUUCAAUUCCAUCCAACAAAUCAGAAAGUGUUAUUAACAGCAUCACAAGAUGGAUAUGCGAAGUUAAUUGAUUUUCGAACAUAUAAUACAAAUAAAGUUGUUGCAUCAUUUCGUCAUGUUAGUGAAGAUGGAUUUCGUGAUAUACAAAUUAAUCCAGAAAAUCCAUUUUUAUUUGCUGCAGCAUUAAAUGAUCAAUGUAUUGUACCACUUUGGGAUAUUCGAAGCAUUCAAACACCUGUUAUGGUAUUAACAACAGCAGAUAGAACGUUAUGUCUUGCAUGGAAUAUGAAUAAACCUUAUUGGCUUGCUACUGGUGGUCGAGAUCGGACUAUACGAGUUUGGAAUACACAAGAUAGUAAUGUUCGACAAGAACCUUUAUUUAAAGUUCAAUCAUUUGGCACAGUGUCUAAACUUAGUUGGCGUCCAUCGUGUCAUUAUCAUAUAGCAUGUUCAACACUCUUAGUAGAUCCACGUAUUCAUGUUUGGGAUGUUAGACGUGCUUAUCUACCAUAUGCAUCUUUUUGUCAUCAUCAAAAUACAAUUGGUGAUUUUUCAUGGCGUCCAAAUUCUGAUAAUCUUCUGUCAAUUAGUCGCGAUGAGAACUUAGUUCAUGCUCAUAUAUCAAGUGCAAUAAGAACUGAUCAAUUUGCACCUUUAUUUUCAUUAAAUGCUACAUCAAAGGGUCAUGUUUAUUCUGCUAUGCCAAAUAUUGAUAAUGAUUAUAUUCGUGCAUUAUAUUCUGAACAUCAUAUUCCAACGUCAUUUACAGGACUAAAAAAAUGUUAUUCAGAAGAAAUUAUGUCAACAUUUUUAAAAUGGAAUAAAACAAUUCCUGGCAAAUCUAUUGUUGGAAUUUAUGCAAAUUCUUCAAUCGAUAAUUCCGUUGAAUCAUUUCAUAAAUUUGCAAGAGGAUGGACAUUUGGAAAUGGUGAUAAAUCAUCUCAAUCAUUGAUUGAAAUAUGUGAUAUGAAUAGUAUUGUUGCUGAACAAUUGCAAAGACCAGAUUUAAGAGCAACAUGGGAAGUAAUUAAAAUGAUUUAUGCUGAUUGUGAUGGUCUACAAGCUUAUCGAAUGCAUUCAUCGAGAAAUACACCAUCAACAACAAAAAAUCGUCAUAUAAGUGACUCAUUAAGUGGUCAUAGACAUCAUCAUCACCAUCAUCAUCAUCAUAAUUAUCUUCAACACAUAGCUUCAAUGGCAAAUAGUACAGAAAUGCAACAACAAGAUAAUGAAUCGAAUGAAGAAUUAAAUGGAAGAAAACGAAUUAAAUCACAAGAUCAAAUAAUACCACCAAAUUCACAAAUGGAAAUGAUUGAUGAUGCUGAUACAUAUAUUGUACGAGAUGUAUUAACGGAUGAUAUUAUCUUUAUUACUCCUGAAGAUGCAUUAAAUAUUAUGAAUGGUUAUGAUAUGUUAUAUGAGAACGAAUAUGAUAUUGAUACUAUGCAUGAUGGAAUGCCAAUGGCAUCAAAUGAAACACCAUCAAUAAUAAAUGGUGAUAGUGAUAUGAAUGGUCUUCCAUAUGAUAGAGUAUCUAAUCGAUAUCAUGAUGCAAUAAUGACGAUGAAAGAGAAUGAAUUUGGACCUGUGCCUGAUUUUGAUAGUCCUGAUAGUGCUAUGCCUGAACCAAUGCCACAUAUGCUAACAGAUGAUUCAGAUAAAUUUUUUACAAUUGAUGAAAGUUAUUGUCCAACAAUGCAAAAUCAUCCAUUAAUUUUUGAUGAUGUUAUAAAACAAACAAUAUGGUAUUAUGUUGAAAAUAAUGAACUUCAAGUAGCAGUUCAUCUUUUACUUGCACUUUAUCCAAAACUUGGUGAUCGUAAAAUUUUACAAUUAUUUAGUGCUGCACAUUUUAAUUGGAUUAAAAUAUAUAUUGAAUUAUUACAAAAAUUACGUUUAUUUGUUAAAGCUAAACAAAUAACAAAACAUUGUUUAGAAAAAGAAAAAAUUCCAUUAAAUUAUGAUUCAAGUGAUUAUGAUGGUACACUUAUACUUGCUGCACAAUCACCAACACUUAAACGUCCAACAACAUCUACAAUUCCAUCAGCAACUAAAAAUCCUUCGUCUACACCGAAAGAUUUUAUGUGUACGAUUUGUCGAAUACCAUGUCGAGGUGUAUUUUCAUUUUGUGGUGUUUGUUUUCAUGGUGGUCAUAUCGAUCAUAUUCGAACUUGGUUUAAUACUCAUGAUGAAUGUCCGUAUGGUUGUGGUCAUCGAUGUAAAGAUCGUGAUACACAAAAUCGUCGUUCACGUGGUAUUUCUCAACGUUUUACUUCAAAAUCACCAUUUGUCUUUCAACAGUGA